AACAUGUUUCAGAUUAAUAUCUUUGGGGAAAUAAGAAGGAUGAGUUCAAUCCAUGGUGGUCAUCUACCUAGGAUUAAUAUCCAACGUGUUUUCUGUCAACCAAAUGUAAUAGGGUUAAGCGGUUUUCCGGUGAGAUUAGUCAAGGUGUAGACAAGCUGGCCUGGACACUCAUCCAUAUAAAACAAAGAAAAUAAAAGGCUAAUUGUUUCCUACUGUGAGGAUCAAGAAAAUAAGCGAGUUCUCUUAUAUCCCAAUUAUGUUUUGUAUAGCCAGCAUUCUUAUGUAUGUCAAGUUAGUAACACAUCAGGUCGGAUUGUCACUUUGGUACAGUGGAACAACCUUUCUAAAUUUUUUUUUUUUAGAUAGCUUAAAGACAACAUGCAAUUUACAUCAGGUUUGGUAAUUUCGUUAAAAAUCCUCGAAUAUCAGUGGAAGAAGGUUGAUGGUGAUGGCAGAUUCGUUCCUGCCACGGAUGAUGAAGUAAUGGAGGUCGAGGAUUUACUUGAAGAUGACAAGAGUGAAAAAGUGGAAGAUGCAGGACAAAUUGUUGAAUGCAUACCCACUGAAGGCACUUUAUUUGGGAAGCCUCAUGUCGAAAUUUCAAAUGGUUUGCCACAAUCUGAAGGUGAUGCAGGGUAUACUGCCCGAUUGGAGUACAUUGAGGAGGUAUUGCAAAAGGUGAAACAGGAAGAGCGGCUUCGCUUAGCAUGUGGAUCGCUUAACUAUCCUUCUGCUUACGUGGAUGGAGACAGGAAGGGUUCUGAUCAGCAUGGUUCGCUUGUUACUGAUGAGAAGUUCCAAUCUCAAAUUUCACUGCAGGAAAUUUCUCACUGCUCUCCAAGUUUGAAUGAGAAUCAUGAGAAUGAACAUGGGAGUCUGGGCAAUUUCUUAAAGCAUCCAGACAAAUCAGUGGAAUCCGAAUCCUCAGAUGCCAUUUGCACGACGUCUAAGCCCGAGUUUUCCAUGUUAAAGGGGGACAUAUGCCUGGAUAAUCUCUCAAUCAGAGAGCUCCAUGAAUGUUUCAAAGCAACUUUUGGGCGAGACACUACGGUUAAAGACAAAUCGUGGCUUAAGAGGAGAAUUGCUAUGGGAUUGACCAACUCAUGCGACAUUCCAGCCUCAUCUUUUAUAAUUAAGGAAGGCAAGUUUGUUGAAGAAAGUUCCCAAAAUGUGGUGGGCGUGUCCACCAUUCCAACUGCAGAAGCUUUGAAUAUUGAAUGCACUGGUUCACCGACAACUUAUUGUUUGGAAACUAAGGACCAUCAUCACGUUGAGGAAAUUGAACUUGAUCAUGGAAUUGACGACCAACACGAAGAGAGAGCUGCUGUUAAAAGAAUUCGGAAGCCCACCAGGCGGUAUAUUGAAGAGCUUUCUGAAGUGGAGUCAAGAGAGUUCGUCCCAAAGGUGAUAAGUUUGAAUAAAAGUUCUGUAUCUGAUAGCGUAUCUGCUAAUUCUAUUGAAAGACCUAGUAAGAAAGUCUGUUCAGAUAGGGGAAGAACUGUCAUAACAAGAUUGGAUUCACUUGGUGGAUCUGGUGUACAAGUUCCAUGUGUUUCGAGAGUUCGAAGGAGUCGUCCAAGGAAAAACAUUGUAGCCCUUGUGUUUACCCUUCCAGAUAAAGAUCAGAAUCCUUCGGUCAAGGACACGAAUGAAGUGGAGGAGAAGAAUUUGGAGGAGAAGCCAACAGAUUCAGGCAAUGCAUCAGAUGAUAAUGCAAUAAUUGUUCCAACACCAAAAGGUGGAUCAAGGAGGAAGCAUCAUCGCGCUUGGACUCUUGUCGAGGUCAUCAAAUUAGUGGAGGGCGUGUCGAUAUGCGGGGCUGGUAGAUGGUCUGAGAUCAAGAAACUUUCUUUUUCAUCGUACUCGUAUCGUACAUCAGUUGAUCUCAAGGAUAAAUGGAGAAACCUGCUCAAGGCUAGCUUUGCGCAGACGCCUGUUGGUGAAGGGGUGAGUUCUCGGAAACAUGUGUCGGUGUCAAUUCCAGAACAGAUCUUGUUACAGGUGAGGGAGCUUGCUGAGAUGCAUGCUCAAAUUCCUCCUUCAAACCAUGGACAAGGCAAAUUGGGUGGAGUUAGUAGUGGGAGCAAUAUGCACGAGAUAAGUCCGGCAGUGUGCUUGUAACAUUGUAAAUAACACAAGCUUGUCUUAUUUUUUUUUCACCCCUUGAAAAACAAACCAAAAACAAAACUCUUGAUCUGAAUCCUGUAGCAACAACUGUUCGUUGCUCGUGGCGAAUUAUAGGAAUUUCUUGAGCUUUGAUCAUCAAUUUUUGUUUACGAGAUGCUUUUAUGGCUCCUACAA